GUGCGCAUGCGCUCUAUCACGUAUACCAUCGCUGCUUUGUUGGGACCAGUGCUGCUGUGACUUUCUGCUCGUCAGCUGUUCACAGCAGGACAUUACGGGCAUUAGACGACAUUUUUUGCUGCCUUGAUAAAACAUAGACGUUCGUAGGUUAACACGGUGUAAUUUUGCGAGUUUUGACGCUUCCAUCGACCAAAGAGAGGCUCUACAAUAUAUAAACAAACGCUGCGAACUGCUUUUAAGGUGGCACGUCAUCUGUUUUCAACUGCAUCAAGAUUAUCGUCAAUUUCCCCAAAACUAAUUCCGCUUAGAUUGCAAUGACAGCAAUGGAUCUACGUGUACCACCUCACUAGGAGUCAAUCUCCCAAACCUUUGAGUGUGAACAUGAUAGAGGAGGACAGUUUGUUGUCAGGAAGGCAGCCCAUGGCAAGUGGAGGAGGAGGAGGGCUCGGACAUCUAAACUCGGCCGAAGAGAAAGUAGCUCUUACCCACUCCGAGCAGGUCGAGGUCGGGCCUCCAGGUCAUCUCCCCGGGUCUCACUAGUGCAAAACAACCGCUCGCCUCGUUAUGGAGACCGUGGGCAAAUUCGAGUUCAGUCGAAAGGACUUGAUCGGACAUGGCGCAUUUGCUGUCGUUUUCAAAGGCAGGCAUAAAGAGAAACACGACUGGGAAGUGGCAGUAAAAUGCAUCAACAAAAAGAACUUGGCAAAAUCCCAAACACUAUUGGGCAAAGAGAUCAAAAUUCUCAAGGAACUUAAACAUGAGAACAUCGUUGCGUUACUGGACUUUCAGGAAACUGCCAGCUCGGUGUACCUGGUGAUGGAGUACUGCAAUGGUGGGGACCUUGCUGACUACUUGCACUCUAAAGGCACCCUGAGCGAGGACACCAUUCGAGUGUUCCUGCAGCAGAUCGCCGGGGCCAUGAGGGUGCUCCAGGCCAAAGGGAUAAUCCACAGAGACCUGAAGCCCCAGAACAUUCUACUGUCCUACCCGCCGGGGCGCAAGUCACACUCCAAUAACACCUGUAUCAAGAUCGCGGACUUUGGCUUUGCCCGGUAUCUUCAAAACAACAUGAUGGCAGCAACACUGUGUGGCUCCCCUAUGUACAUGGCACCAGAAGUGAUCAUGUCCCAAAGCUACGACGCCAAGGCAGAUCUGUGGAGCAUAGGCACUAUAGUGUUUCAGUGCUUGACCGGAAAAGCGCCUUUUCAAGCCAGCAGUCCACAAGAUCUUCGACUGUUCUAUGAAAAAAAUACUCAUCUUACUCCCAAUAUCCCCAGAGAGACCUCAUCCCAUCUGAGGCAUCUGCUGCUAGGAUUACUGCAACGCAACUACAAAGACCGCAUGGAUUAUGAUGAGUUCUUCAGUCAUCCUUUCCUAGAGGCGAGCUCAUCCAUAAAAAAGACAACCCCCACAGUCACAAUGACCUGCUUCCCCAGCUCUGCCUCAGCCAGCUCUUGUAGCAGCUCCUCCACCUCUCAUCUGGCCUCACCUCCACAGUCCCUCGCAGAUGGACAGCAGGUGCGACCCAAAGCUCUGGCUUCUCCCACACAGGAGGUCACAGGGUUCCUCCUCAAAGACUCUUCAGGGGGAGCGGCUAGCAGCAAGAACUCGUCCUCCUGCGACACAGAUGACUUUGUCAUGGUUCCGGCGCACUUUAACACAGGUGAGCUCACUUGUGAGAGCAAAGUGCUUCAGGACAGCCUCAUGAACAGCGGCUCCCUCCUGGCCUCUGCAGGGCUGUGUAGUAAAACGCCACCUCACUCACCAUCGUACAGCGGCUUUCCAAGCCCUGUCAGGCCCAGUGACUUCUUGGGAAGUAACUAUGGAAACCAUGGUCAUUCACUGCCUAUCCCAGUCCCCACUCAGGUCCAUAACUACCAGCGCAUGGAACAGAACCUCCAGUGCCCCCGACAAGAUGGCUCAGCACGGAUGUCGACCCCAGUGCGUCGCUGCAGCAGUAACAGCUCAUUGGGGUAUGGUCGUCAGGGGCCUUCACCCCCCUACGGCCAGGGAGCUAUGCCCACCAACCGCCGCCUUUCUCUGGGUGGUGCCAGGCCCUUCCAGCUCUCCCCACAAGCAGCCCUUAUUCCUCUGCCUCACACUGAACUCCGAUUAACAUCACAGCAGCAAACAGGACUGGGGUCACGGCUCCACAGCGCGCCCUGUCUGUUGGAGUGUGCCAGUGCAGGCGGCAGGCAGAAGAUCCGCAAGCAGCACUCAGACCCAGUAGCAGUCCCUGGUUCAGGCCUGAUGAAUGUUAGACCACUGCAUUCCUCUCCCAGGCUCAGUGAACUCAUGCAGCGCAGCCCUCUACCCACCAUACUGGGCUCUCCUUCUAGGACGAUCCCUCCCUUCGAGUUCCCUAAGCCCACCAGCUCUCCAAACCUAAUGACCUUCCUGACCCAGGGUUUGGUGAUGGGGUCACCUUCCAACAGGGCUGCCCCACCAGAGCCACAACCCACCCACUGCAUCCACAGAGCUAAUGACAACACCCAAGGCUUUGCAAGGUCUCAAAGCGCUGGCCGGCUGUCAGACAUGCUGCUAAUAGCUGCUUUUGGCCCUAAUGCUCCUGUAGCUGAGAGGAGCAGCACAGAGAACCUCACAUCUGAAAAAGCCAUUGACAUUAUAGCUCCCCCUAGUGGCACUGUUGGCUUUGCUCCCAGCUCUGGCAGCCCUGCACAGGUGGUCUUCACUGUGGGAUCUCCUCCCACUGGCAGCACCCCUCCUCAGUCUUCCCGUCAGAGGAAAUACUCAGGCUCGUUGACUUCAGUCAGUUCUGGGGGCUCUCUGACCAGCCGGUACCCUCCUACAGGCCCCUAUGUGGAUGAGGCUUCCUCCAGCCCACGCUUUAGCUUCACUGACCCCAUCUCUGCCAACAUGGGUGGGCCUGUGACGUUUGAGGCGCCUGAGCUACCCGAGGAGACUCUGAUGGAGCAGGAGCAUACAGACACAGUUCAGAGCCUGCGCUUCACUCUGGAGUUCGCACUCUGUCUGGUGGAGGUAGCUGCAGCCCGUGGCAGUGUAGCGGAGCAUCAAGAUGCUCCUCCUCCACCCCUCCGACAACAGCAGCACAGCCUGGUGGCCGAUCAGAUCAGCUCCCUCAGCAGAGAGUGGAGCUAUGCAGAACAGCUGGUUCUUUAUCUGAAGAGUGCAGACCUGUUGUCGACCGCCUUACACACAGCAAAGGAGAGAGUGAAGGAGGGCAAACUCUACCCGUCCACAACUGUCAAACAAGUUGUGAAGAGGCUGAAUGAGCUGUACAAGACCAGUGUGGCCUCCUGCCGCUCCCUUAGCACCCGUCUGGAGCGCUUCUUUUCCAGGAAGCAUCGGCUGAUGGACCAGAUCAGCUCCAUCACAGCGGAGAGACUGCUGUUCAGCCACACUGUGCAGAUGGUUCAAGCUGCUGCACUGGAUGAGAUGUUCCACCAGGGGGAGGCCUCCAUCCUGCGAUAUCACAAAGCACUGCUGCUCAUGGAGGGCCUGUCCAUGCUGCUCUCUGAACAGGAGGACAUUCUCAGUGUUAGCAAAUGUAAAGAGUGCAUUGAACGACGCAUCACAGCUCUACAGUCUGGACUCUGUGUUUAAGAGUGGACCACAAUGUAAUGGAGUUUAAACCACGUCUCAUUUUGUCACCUUGCAUAUUAUAGACAAACUCUCAACAAACCCAAUAUUUUCUACUAGAUACAUUGUUUUUGCCUUCAGUUAGUAUCCAGUAGUGUUUUGAUUCACCAGAUGACCGUUUGAUCAUCUUAAACUGUGGACUGUUGAAAAUGGCUUUGUCAAUGGGUCUGACAAAAGCCACUAAUGUCUGUCUUGGAGAUAGAAAGACUUCUAUGGCACUGAAGCCAAAAAUAAUCUCCACCAUUGCAAAUAUUACCAAGAGGACACCUAUCCACACACAUGUAGUCAGAUUAAUGUUCUACAUGCUUCUAAUUGCUAUUGACAAUUCUAUAAUCAAAUCAUAAUGCGAGGAAUUGUAGUUGUUGUAAGUUUUGUUUAGUUUUUUUCUGUGUUUCUUCAUGUUCAAUCAAAUGUCGGUGUGCUCAGGUAAAGGACAGAAAAAGAUUAUUCUUAGCUUUUAAGUGCACUGAUGAAACCUGUUAAAAUGACCAAAAACAGUUUAGUUACACUGUUAGAUAUAGGAGGACAUGCUCUCUGUUGGACAUGUAAUAGGACAAAAUAGAAAUCGACAAAGUGAGUGUCGCUUGCUUUUUAAAAUAAUCAAAAAACAUCCUGAACUAUCCAAAAAAAACUGGAACUUUAAAAUGUAGCUUUCCUACAAGGACUGACGUUUGUCCCACUGCUCUCACUUUAGUGUGUGUUUUUGAUGAAUGCGAGGACACGAUGCUGUUGAUUCCAUGUAUGUUAUGUCAGAGCUGAAUGAGUACAGUCACAUUUGAAUGUAGGCAGACGGGAGAAGCACAGGAUGUCUAAGUGUUUGUACAGCAUUUAGACUGAUCCCAGAGCUGUGUGGAAUGACUUUGCACUGUUGAAGUACUGUAUUCAGUGGUUUGGAAUGGAACAUGCAGAACAUGCUACUUUUGAUAAUUUAGUGAUAUUUCAGUGAGUUGUUAUCUAGUUACUGUUGUGUGUUAGAUGUGAGAAUGCUUAUCAAAGACGGUAUAAGCUAUGUUUCAUUGCAGAGUUCUGCUGGUGACAGUGUUGUUUUGGCGUGUGCAUUCAUUGUAUAGAUUAGUUUGUAUAGUUUAUUGACCUCAGUCUGUCCUGAAGGAGGUGAGAUAAAGAGGCUGUUUUAUUUGGAGUUUUCAAAGAUAACGUGCAUGGACGCAUGCAUGAGUGUUUUAUUGAAGUAUUCGUGAUUUGAUGGAAAACCAUGUUUGAACUACUAAUGUUGGUUUCCAGUUUACACUGGGUACACUGUGUUUUACAGACUAAAGCAUAUGAAAGAGGUUUUCCCUAGAGUGUGUUUGUUUGACUUAAUAGUUGUUAACAUGUUUGAUAGAGUACAUCAUUAUAAAGAAAUCAGAGUUAAACUUUAGGACAGAAGCAGAAAUGAGUGAAGACACUGUCAGCAGAAUGAAGCAACGUGUGAUGUGAAUAUUUCAAGACAGAAGCCAAGAGAAGGCUGUGUAUAUUUGCUUUGUGGCCUUUUGUAAAAUGUUUGGUUGAUAUUACAUGUGUUUGUAUGUGUGAACAUUCCACAUAGACUAACCAUCUCUUUUUAUUUUUCUUAUACUAUAGUAAUAGUACUGAUGACUUUAUAAAUACAGCUAAUGCAUAUGUCACUUUUAAUUCCCUACAAUUGUUUAUCAGCUUUUUUGAUCACCUUAAGACUCAGAAAUUAGAUUUAUGCAGCAGCCAGUUUCCUGGAAAUGCCUAAUGGACACCCAAAGUGUGUAUGGAACUACACACCAUCGCUCAUGCUGUAACUUGUUAAGUGUCUUUGAAAAGAUGGCCUCUAGUUGUGCUGGUAGAGAAGUGCAACCCCCAGGAAGAUUCAGCUAAAACAUGCACUCCCACCUUCUUUCUGUCAUUCAUCUAUCUAACUUGUUUGCCAAGAAUGUUUUUGUAUUUUAUUUUCACCUGACAAACUCUGUUUCACUUGUAAAUAUUGUAAAUUAAGUUAUUGCUGUUGUUGUACAUAUUGAGCGAUGGGCAUGGAGGGAACAGAAUCCACCUACAUUUCCAAAGAAGGGGGCGCUCUGAUCUACCCAGUGCCUUGAUAAAGGCAUUUUAAAUGUGUCUCACCAAUGACACACAAUUUCAUUGUUUUCUGUGAGCUCUAAUAUUACUGUGUGACUGAGAGUUGCAAUAAAAAA